GCAGCAAUAGCGGUAGCUUGCUGUAAAGAGGAUUAUGACAGCUUCUUCAAAGAGCUUCAAAAUUUGAUCGGCGUUAAACACGAUUUUGUUCCUUAUUAUUUGAAUGCACUGAAGAAACACUCAUUUUCAACGGUGGAAGAAAUUGAAGAAGCGAUUAGGAGUGUCAAUGAGAAUGUCGCCAAUGCUGAGGCAAACUCGAAAGACAGUUAG